ACGCCCUCAAACACAAUGGCUGCCUCUUCAGAGGCAGGUCAACAAAUCAAAAUAGUACUACUUGGAGAUGGUACGACUGGCAAGACAUCACUAGCGACUAGAAUAUCCCAAAAUAACUUCACAAAGAAAUACGACCAGACCCUGGGAGUUGAUUUUUACCUCAGAAGACUAGAAUUACCAGGUGCUGUGCAGGUUACGUUACAAGUUUGGGACAUUGGAGGUCAAACUGUUGGUGGGAAAAUGCUUGAGAAUUACAUAUAUGGUGCUAAUGCUGUUCUACUCAUAUAUGAUAUCACUAACUAUUCUAGUUUUGAUAACUUGGAGGAAUGGCUAAAGGAGACAAAGAAGGUUUUUGCUAACUCUGAUCGACCUUUACCAUACAUGAUGCUAGUGGCAAAUAAAAUUGAUCUUGAACAUCAGAGAACAGUUAAAAGAGAGAAGCAUCUUGAAUUUGCAAAGGCACACAGAAUUACCAGUCACUCAUUAUCAGCUAAAAAUGAUGACUUGGUUUACCAAUGCUUUUUAAAAGCAGCUGCUGGUGUUUUAAAAAUCUCACUCACAUCAGCUGACUUGGAUACAAGUCAGAAAGUGAUAAAAGCUGAUAUAGAGACUGAGAAACCAGCAUCAGAAGGAGCUACUGUUCUACUCCCAACAAAGAAAACAGUUUCAAAAAAUAAGAGUGUAAUAUGUUCAUUACAAUAACUUGUCUUAUCCUCUCACUCGGUCUCUUUCUACCUUCUCUACUUCAAUUACAACGGUUUAUCACUUUUUGAUUAUUUUUAGAACAAAA